AUGCCGUCUGCGCGCCCCCCUUCCGCCCCACGCCCCUCUAUAAAUAACCGCUGCUGGGCCGACCUGUCAGAUUCCCGCGGCCGCGCGGGCCCCCUGGCCCGGCCGCCCGCAGUGGAAAGUCUGAAUGCAAAAAAUACCGCGGUAAAAAUAGAGCGGCGGGGUAGCCCCUCCGGCGGCUCCGAGCGCCGGGAGCGGGCGGCUCCGGGGAAUCCAGCUCGUGCCUCCUCCACCGACGGCCCCUUUCACCCUCCCGGCCUCAACUUGUUGGGCUGCACCUUUAAACCAGGAGCAGGCCGGGCCUACUGGGCCCCCGCAGUAAAGAGUGGGGGCAUUUUCUUGGAAAUUAAAACCACUGGUAGAAUUGAGGAACUUUCCAUCCCAGCUCUCCCGGACCUACAGCCCCAUAUGUGUGAUACAGACCUCCGUGUGCUCUGGAUUUCCCUGGGUCUGCAGUGUGGCACGGAGAUUUCUUCCAGUGCUCCUGCCUCCAAGGUUUUAGGGACAAAUGAGGAUAAUAUGGAGGAUGGUUGCUCUCAGAAACUGGCCUCUGCUAAAUUCCUUCGACUUCUGCUCCUAAUUUUGAUUCCCUGCAUCUGUGCCCUUAUCCUUUUGUUGGUGAUUCUGCUUACCUUUGUAGGGGUGCUAGAAAAAACAUGCUUCUAUUCAAAUGGAAGUGACGUCUUCACAGUUAACGGUGACAUCGAAACAUCUGACGUUCUYUUUCUAAACGUGGAUGAAAACAGUUCCAAGGUUGAUCCCACGGGGGAUCUUGGCUCGCCCACGCUCUCCUGGACCACUACGCCUUUAUCUCACAUUGACCUAAUAGACAAGAACUCACAUGUACUUAGAGAUAAUUUCCAGGAAAACUCAUUUAAUCCUGCAACUCAAGGCUCGCUGCUCAAUCCUCAUCCUCCGGAUGAUGGUGUCUUGGGAGAGGUCCCUGAGGACAGCACCCAGCUGUUUGCUACUGCAAAAGAGGAGCCGUGGUCCAUGGAUGUAUCCUUGAACAGCACGGAGAGGGCGGCCACUCUGCCUGUAUCGAGUCCUACCCGUCCAUCUGUGUCACAAAAAAAGGAUCAGAAAAGAAGUGCCUGCAUAAAUAUCACCAACAGCCAGUGCCAAAUGCUGCCAUAUAACUACACCACUCUAACUUCAGUUCUUUCCAUUGUCAAAAGCAUUGAAAUGGAAAAGUUCCUGAAGUUCUUCAGUUAUCUCAACCGUCUCAGCUGCUAUCAACACAUCAUGAUGUUUGGCUGUAGUCUUGCUCUUCCUGAAUGCAUCAGUGACGGUGAUGACAGUCGAGGCCUACUACCCUGCAGGACAUUUUGUGAGGCCGCAAAAGAAGGCUGUGAGCCAGUCUUGGGGAUGGUAAAUGCUUCUUGGCCGGAAUUCCUCAAGUGCUCCCAAUUCCAAAACAAAACGGAAAAYGACACUGCCACAAGAGUAUGCUUCUCGCCACACCAAGAGAAAGGAAAGCAAACRCUGUGUGGAGGGGAGGAGAGCUUCCUGUGCGCUAGCGGGAUCUGCAUCCCAGGGAAACUGCAGUGCAACGGCUACAACGACUGCGAUGACUGGAGCGAUGAGGUCCAUUGCAAUUGCAGUGAUGAUGUAUUUCGUUGUAACACAGGAAAAUGCCUCAAUUAUACCUUUGUGUGUGAUGGAUAUGAUGACUGUGGAGACCUUAGUGAUGAACAAAACUGUGAUUGUAACCCAGUGAUGCAUCAUCAGUGUGGAGAUGGACGAUGUAUAACAGCUGAUUGGGUAUGUGAUGGUGACCAUGACUGUACAGACAAGUCAGACGAAAUCAAUUGCUCAUGUCAUAGUCAAGGUCUGGUGGAGUGCAAAAAUGGGCAGUGCAUUCCCAGUGCGUUCCAGUGUGAUGGAGAUAAUGACUGUAAAGAUGGAAGUGAUGAAGAAAAUUGCAGUGAAAGUCAAACCCUCUGUCAGGAGGACGACCAGAGAUGUGCUUCCUGUCCUGAUCCCUGUGGAUCUUCUCCCUGUGACAUGAGAGACAGCCAGACAAACUGCAGUCAGUGCGAACCAAUUACCCUGGAACUCUGUAUGAACUUGCCUUACAACUAUACCAAUUAUCCAAACUAUCUGGGCCACAGGACUCAGAAGGAAGCCUCUAUCAGCUGGGAAUCUUCUCUUUUCCCAGCCUUGGUUCAGACUAACUGCUAUAAGUACCUUAUGUUUUUUGCCUGUACAAUCCUAGUACCAAAGUGUGACCCCUACACAAAUCAGCGGAUCCCACCUUGCAGGACGUUGUGUGAGCAAUCCAAGGAACGCUGUGAGUCUGUACUUGGCAUUGUAGGUCUGCAGUGGCCAGAAGACACCGACUGCACGCAGUUUCCAGAGGAGAACUCAGGCAACCAAACUUGUCUAACUCCAGAUGAAGAUGUGGAAGAGUGCUCACCCAGUCACUUCAAGUGCAGAUCUGGGAGGUGUGUCCUGGCAUCCAGAAGAUGUGAUGGUCAAGCUGACUGUGAGGAUGAUAGUGAUGAGGAAAGCUGUGGUUGUAGGGAAAGGGGCCUUUGGGAGUGUCCUUUGAAGAAGCUUUGCAUCAAGCACACUAUGAUCUGUGAUGGUUUCCCGGAUUGCCCUGACAAGACGGAUGAAAAGAACUGCUCCUUCUGUGAGGAGGAUGAGCUAGAAUGCGCCAACCAUGAAUGUGUGCGACGAGAGCUGUGGUGUGACGGACAAGUAGACUGCAGUGACAGCUCAGAUGAAUGGGACUGUGUUACGCUGUCUAAAAACAGAAAUUCCUCGACGUUCCUGACAAUUCRUAGGUCAGCUGCUGAUUACCAUGUUUGUGCUGACGAGUGGCAAGAAAAUUUGAGCCAGCUGGCCUGCAAUCAGAUGGGUUUAGGAGGACCACCUGAAACAAAAAUUGUACAUGAAGAUGAGGAAAUGCAGCAUCACAAAUGGCUGAAUCUUCACUCAGACUGGAAGAAUAAAAAUCCAUCCACUUUGCAUGCACUUCUAGUGAAUGGGCAGAUGUGUCAAAGUAGCAGCAAAGUGUCUCUUCUCUGCACUAAAGAAGACUGUGGCCGUCGCCCAGCUGCCCGCAUGACCAAGAGGAUCCUCGGUGGCCGGACCAGUCGCCCGGGCCGGUGGCCGUGGCAGUGCUCCCUGCAGAGCGAGCCCAGCGGGCACAUCUGUGGCUGCGUUUUGAUCGCAAAGAGAUGGGUCUUGACGGUAGCGCAUUGCUUUGAAGGGCGAGAAAACGCAGCUGUUUGGAAAGUAGUGCUGGGCAUCAGCAACCUGGACCAUCCCUCGGCUUUCAUGCAGACGCGGCUUGUGAAGAGCAUCAUCCUGCACCCUCGCUACAACCGGGCGGUCGUGGACUACGACAUCAGCAUCGUGGAGCUGCACGACGAUGUCAACGAGACRAGCUACGUGCGGCCCGUCUGCCUGCCCAGCAAGGAGCAGCUGGUCCAGCCGGACACCUACUGCUACAUCACGGGCUGGGGACACAUGGGCAACAAAAUGCCCUUUAAGCUGCAGGAAGGAGAAGUUCGCAUCAUUUCCCUGGAGCAGUGCCAGUCGUACUUCGACAUGAAGACCAUCACCAGCAGGAUGCUGUGUGCCGGCUACGAGUCCGGCACCGUGGACUCCUGCAUGGGUGACAGCGGAGGACCCCUCGUGUGCGAGCAACCCGCGGGGCGCUGGACUCUGUUUGGUUUAACGUCUUGGGGCUCCGUCUGCUUUUCCAAAGUUUUGGGACCUGGAGUUUACAGCAACGUGUCACACUUUAUUGAAUGGAUUGAAAGACAAAUAUACAUCCACACCUUUCUGCUGAACUAGCUCCAGAUGGCUAGGAUCGCGCUGACAGGCCAAAGGGAAAAGGAAUCAGCAUUUCAACCCUCAAGACUCUGCAGCCAAGAAGGAAGGAAAAGGAGCUCAGGCUGUUACCUGUUCCUGGUGCAGGGCUCUGGACUAUGCAGGAUGUUAAUGGCAAACCCUCCUGCUGGUGGAUAGACUUUGGGGCAGAAGCAGCUUCCCGUUUGGACUUUGCUUUUAGCUGGGUUGUGUCGCUCUUCCAAACACAAGAACAGGUUUAGAAGAAGAGACUCAGACACUCUCUGCCUUUCAGUUACUCAAACUAAGCAGUAGUGCAGACUAGUAAAACUAUAAAAUAACCUAUUUCAAUACCGUUAAAUUAGUAGCACAGGCGGUCUCGCUCGGUGGCUGCCAUGAGAGGCCCUGCGGUGACAGGGCCGCCGCCAGGAGGAGGAAGCUGCUGCUGUGUGGCUGGCCAGCUCCUCAUGGCACCAGUCUCUUUGUCAGGGUGGCUCGUUAGCACCGCUGUCAUUAGCCAUGCUGCUCGUCACCGGCUGCUCCCUUCGCAGGGCAGCGUGCAGCCUGCGGUGCUGGCGGUGGCCCAGCUCGUCCUGCAGCUGCUCCGAGGCCUGCGCCGCUCUGACCCGCAAGGUUUCGGAGACCUCUGCGUUUCAGUGUGCCUGAAAUGCCCACGUUUAUCAAUCCUGCGGCCUCUUGUCAUUUUUCUUAAACUAUUUCUUUUUCUUUGCAUAUUGGAUCCAACCUAUAAAAAGGGUUGACAAUCUCUAACAAACCAACACUGGCAAAGCCACUUUUCUUUUUCUCCUACCAAUGAGCUACUGGGAUAUUUUGGGCUGGUUUUCUUUUCAAGUAUCUUGCAAUGGAAAUUUCAUUUUGCUUGGCAAGAUUAAACACUCAGAUCAUAGAGAAGAGAGAGAGAGGGAAAAAAAAAAAAAAAGGUAAA